CUGGUGGUGCGUAGUAGAAUCUUGCAGUUGCAGAGGGCGCUAGUGUUGCCGAUGUUUUGACGUUUCUGGUUGUUGACUUCUUGAAGCAUGUGUAAACAUAACCCAAAAGUUUAGAGAGUUAAAGGUGCGUUUCGGUGGUUAUUGAAUUUGAAGAAAGAGAAUGUCCGAGGAGAUUUCGUCACGGGUGGACGUCGGUUUCUGUGAGGAAGUGCACGAGAAAUGGAGAGUGCAGAGCGCCCAAUUUCCGAGUAAGGUGGGCGGGAAGCCAGCCUGGCUUUCGUACGAGAAUAUUCCCGGUUACGAGGAUUUAAAAUGCCCGAAAUGUGAGAAUCAGAUGUGCUUCUUGUGCCAGGUGUACGCGCCACUCGAGGACGAUCCGGCCAACUUCCACAGAACCAUUUUCAUAUUCUUAUGUCGCAGUGCCACUUGUUGUCAGAGAAACCGUAGCGACACCGUACGGGUGUUCCGCAACCAGUUGUCCUGGAAGAAUCCUUUCUACAGCCACGAACCGCCGCCGGAAGAGGAACCCGUCCACUUUGACGCGGCGCGAUUCUCGAAACUCUGCGAACUAUGCGGAUGCUUCGCAGAGAAAACAUGCAGCAAAUGCAAGAAAGCCUGGUACUGCUCCAGGGAGCACCAGAUUAUCCACUGGAAGGAUCAUCACAAGGACGCGUGCGGAAACCCCUCGAAACCGUCGAAGCUGUCAAGCAUCCUAUUCACCGAGUACGAGAUCGUCAUCGAGAGCGAGGAGUAUAAGAAGAGCGUCGUCAACGAGGAGGAUCAGCUGCAGCUCUACAACAGAUUAGUCAGCGAAGGCAGAACUGGAACUCUUCCGGAAUCGGAGGAGGCUGAACUCGAGAACCACGCCACCUGUGAGAAGGACAAAGUUUUUGCGAAUUUCCGGAAACGCGUCGACUGCAAUCCGGAGCAAAUCCUGAGAUACGAGAGAGGCGGAGAACCUCUUUGGAUCGCUUCGGAACCGAAACCUGAGGCUGUACCGGAUUGCGAGCAGUGCGGAGGUCCGAGGCAGUUCGAGUUUCAAGUUAUGCCUCAGCUACUGACCGUCCUCAAGGAGAACGAACUCGAUUUUGGGGUGCUGCUGGUCUACACCUGCAAACGGAGUUGCUCAAGUCAGAAAACGUACAGCAAUGAGUUCGUUUUCAAACAGGAUGUUUGCGAAACUGACACCGUCUGAUCAUCAUCACGACAACGAAAAA